AUGACCAGAUUGGGAACCUUUGUGACUCGGAGACGUCUGACAACGGUCGUAGGGGCCGCAGUUGUGACGGGCAUUGGCGGCUGGGGUACAUUCUGGUUCUCAACUCGGCACGCGGUUUUUCGACCGCUUCCCGAUCACGAUCCGCUCGUGAAGAGUCAUUUUCAUCAGGCAUUCAAUCCACAUAAUAAUCAGGCAUUGAGUGAUAUUUACUCAUCAACUAUCUGCGUGGAGGAUCUCGAUCCAAAGUUGGUCGAUGAUUUUAGGGACGGCGGUUCAAAGUUGAUUGAGCGGUAUUGCCAGGGAAUCUUUGGCAGAUGGGCUUUUGCCAUCCAACGGCAACUCGUACAGUCAUUGAGCAGUGCGCAACCUCCGCCGGGAGUGAAGGAUGUCACCUCGACCAAAGAAAUCCUCAAUGACGAGUUCAACCUUGGAACCCUGAUUUCCAAGGAAUUCUCCGUUUUGCACAAAUCGCCAAGCUCAAUAAUUCUAAGAGGCGGUCAACCCAAUCCAAGCAAAAAGGACGGGUUGCGAAAACUCGACGUUCUGUCUGAAAUUGAAAUCACCACGAAUCAUGAUAGGACAGAAUUUACCUUCGCUUUCAAGAACAUGUUCUUCAGCGGGGAGGGAAUGGCUAGUCCACCACCUCUCCCAGAAUUUAUGACACCGUUGCAUCUGAUGUACGCGAAGGCUCUCGCGGCUAAUGGCGCUACUAAUUGCAUGAGGAAUUGA